AUGUCCGCCGCCAAGCAGGAGGACCGCAAAGGUUCGGGCGAGUGGCGCGAGUUCUUCUGGAACCCGCGCACGCACGAGCUGCUGGGUCGAACCGCUGCCAGCUGGGGUCUGAUCCUGCUUUUCUACCUGGUCUUCUACUUGUUCCUGGCCGGGAUGUUCACGCUCACCAUGUACAUCAUGCUCUUGACGCUGGACGACUACAAACCCACCUGGCAGGACCGCCUAGCUACCCCAGGGAUGAUGAUUCGUCCAAAAGGCAAUCAACUGGAGCUCACCUACUCCAUGUCCGAGUUGGAAAGUUAUAAGGGCUUUGUGCAAAGUCUGGACUCGUUUUUGUCCCAGUACGACGACAGCCAGCAGGUUCAGAUGAACGACAACUGCCCUCCUGAUCAGUACUUCAUCCAGGAAGACAGCGGAGAGGUUCGGAACAAUCCCAAGCGUUCCUGUCAGUUCAAUAGGACAAUGUUAGAGGAGUGUUCGGGGUCUACCGACCGUUUCUACGGUUACGGCCGAGGACAACCCUGCGUGCUGAUUAAACUCAACCGGGUGAUCGGGAUGUUUCCCGGAAAGGACGGACAGUCGCCUUUUGUCACUUGCGGAUCCAAAUUGUACAAAGAGGGAGAAGACGAGUUGAGAGAGGACAGCGAUCAGAUGGGACCUCUGGCCUACUACCCUCCAAAUGGGACCUUCAACCUUAUGUAUUACCCUUAUUAUGGCAAGAAAGCUCAGGUGAACUACACCCAGCCGCUGGUGGCCAUCAAGUUUCUGAACGCCUCCCUCAACACCGACAUCGACGUGGAGUGUAAAAUCACCUCCAACACACUGGCCCCCGGCAGCGAGCGGGACAAAUUUGCCGGGCGCGUGUCCUUUAAGCUACGAAUCAACAAGUAG